GUCGCGUUUAGUUCUAUUCUGGCCCCAAGUACUUACUAUACUCAGUAACUCAGUCGGAAGCUUUACUAAGCUUAUUCAGUUUUACUUUUCGGCUUGCUGGUAAUUAUUGAUUAAGAGAGAGAUUUUUUGGGGUUUUAAUUGACAAGAUUUUAUUAAAGAUGACGGUUACCAAUAAAAAAUGGACGGCGGCGGAUACUCCGGAGACGGCGACUUGGGGAACAGAACCUCGCAGUCGAUAUCCAGCAAAAAGUUACAGCAGACACAGGCGAAAGUCAACGAGGUUGUCGACAUCAUGAAGGUAAACGUGGAAAAAGUCCUCGAGAGGGACCAGAAGCUGUCGGAGUUAGACAACCGCGCGGAUGCGCUUCAACAAGGUGCUGCUCAGUUUGAGCAGCAAGCAGGAAAACUCAAGCGCAAAUACUGGUGGAAAAAUUUGAAAAUGAUGAUUAUUAUUGGGAUUAUUUGCACGAUCAUACUUAUCAUUAUUAUUGUAUCACUACUUCAAAAUUCGGAGUCAACAGAAUCUAAAGAAAGCAAUUAAUCUAAAAAAAAAAACAAAAUAUCCCAACUAUUUUUAUAUCCAGAUUG